AUGGAGGCAGACGAGCCAUCAUCGCGUGGCUGUGAAGAGGCAGGACUCAAUCCAAAGCCCAUCCUGAAACAACCACAGGGCAUCUCUAACCCGCCAGAGCGGAGCCAGCAUGCCUCUGAUGAGCUUGAUACACCACUGGACACCCAUGUAGGCCCCGUGGGGUCCGGUGUCACAGAUGCUUCAGCAGCCACUAUUGCGGCAACCUCGAGUUGUGAUGAUGCUAUCAAUUCGCCUGGCGUCAGCGAUGGAAUCAUGGUCUCUGUUAAUCCACAUGCAUCAACAGCUCCUGAUUCCGGAGGCUUGGGUGAUGUCGGUAAUGCCAUGGCAUUCAUCACGGAAUUCAAUACAGAGUUAGACAGGGUUAUUGGUCGAUUCCAGGACGAAGACUCGGUGUCUUCUGAGUCACCUGCACAAGGGCUCGUCCCAUCCCCAACCAGCUCUGUUGCUUCAUCCUCUGCCGGGGCAGUCAUUCCGUCUAUCAGCAUUCUUCCUGGGUCAAAUGACAACGCAACCGACUCGUCUGCUGCCAACGCGCCUGCUGCAUCUCCUGCUGGGGUGGCUGUCUCCUCCACUGGCAACACGGCUAAGUCGUGGGCUGCGAACCAACCUAGCGUAUCCCCCUGGACAAUCGUUCCAUCCGCUGUCAACUCUGCUGUGCCAGUUUCUGCCAAUACAGCUAGCAACAUACAUGGAAUGUCUCUUGAUCAGUCUUCCAUGAAUGAUCGCACGCGGGCUGCCAAAGACUUGAUCGAUUCGAUCUAUCAAGCACAAGACACGAUGACCACAAAAACCCUCGAGGUGAAGAAAGUUCGCGAGGACCUGCACGCCGCGCCGAGAGGUCUUUUGGGUGACAUUGAAGCAUUCCGCAAACGACAAGACCGUUUCAAAUCGAUCUUUCAGAGUAUUCACAACAGAUCAAUCGAUAAACACCGAGAACGGUUUAAUGCAACCAACGAGGAAAUAUCGACAGGAUUCGAGCAGAUGAGAGGCUACGCAGGCGAGUUUCGCUCCAGUAUCAGGAAGGUUCUGAACAGUCGCAACUAUGUCCAUAACCAGGUAAAGCGUGUUGAGACAAGUAUCACCACUCUCCAGAACAAGGUAAAGUACAUUGAGGAAAUUAUCACCGCUAUCCAGAACCAGGAGAAGCGCGCCGAGGAAAGUAUGAACGCUAUCCAAAACCAGGCUACAGGCACUGUGGCAAGUGUCAAUGCUCUGUCAGGACGGGUAUCCGAGAUGGAACAGACACUUACUCUGGUCCCAGCUCUGGUUCGGUUCUGUGCUUAA